AUGCCAUUUGUGCCUUUUGUUGGAGUUAACCAUCAUGGACACUCCAUUUUACUUGGUUGUGGAUUGUUGUCUUCGGAAGACACUGUCUCAUUUGUAUGGUUGUUCCAAUGUUGGCUAAGAUGCAUGCGUAAUAAGAGUCCUCAAGGUAUUAUUACUGACCAAUGCAGGGCAAUGGCCAAUGCAAUUGAACAAGUGUUUCCUGUUACGAGACACAGGUGGUGUUUAUGGCACAUCCUUAAGAAGUUGCCUGAAAAAUUCCACGGGUAUAGAAAUAAUCCUGCUAUUAAAAGCGAGCUACAUGCGCUUAUAUAUGAUUGUGGUUAUCCAAGAGAAUUUGAAAAUGGUUGGGAGGAAGUACUUACCAAACAUGGAUUGGAGCAAAAUGAAUGGCUAUGUAAUUUGUACGAAGAGAGACAUAAAUGGGUUUCGUGUUACUUGAAAAAAAAAAUUUGGGCCGGCAUGUCUACCACUCAGAAAAGUGAGGGAAUGAAUGCUUUUUUUGAUGGAUUUAUCAAUUCGACAACCACACUUCAACAAUUUGUGGUUCAAUACGACAAUGCCGUUAGGUUAAAGGCCCAGAAGGAAAUAGAAGCGGACUUCUCCUCCAUGAACACCACUGUUGCAUGUGGCUCUCAGUCACCGAUUGAGAGAAAAUUUCAAGUCGAAUACACACAUGCAAAGUUUGAGGAGGUCCAAACUGAGUUUCGUUCAAGGAUGAAUUGUUUCAUCAAAGACACCUUAAAGGAGGACUUAUGGAACACUUACACUAUAAAAGAGGAAAGAAUGUGGGAGGGUAAACGUUUACCAGAUAAAUUUUACAAAGUUCAAUUUGAUCCCCUGACACAGACAAGCACUUUCUCUUGCCAACUAUUUGAGUUUAGAGGAAUUAUAUGUCGCCAUUCCCUCUUGAUAUUUGGUCAAGAAGAUGUUUACAGUGUUCCCUCACAAUACAUUUUGCGGCGUUGCAGCAAAAAUAUCCGAAGAAGACACACACUAAUAACAGCAUCGUAUAGUAAUUCCACUAAUGAACCACGCAUGGAAAGAUACAAAUUGUUGUGCAAACGUUUUUAUGAAAUUGCUGAAGUUGUAUGUGAGUCUGGGGUUGCUAUUACUCAAUUGGAAAAAGAAAUUAAUUGUCUCGGUAAAAAAUUUGGGUUCAGUUCAUCCAUGACAAAUAACAUCAUUAGUGAUGCAGGCCAACUAAGAUAUGAUACUGGUGCAUGCAAGUCAGUACCACAUAGUCCAGUUGGAACAUCUGAUGUCCUUGUACACAGUCCUGCAGUUGUUAAGCGAAAAGGACGUCCACGCACAAAUAGGUUGAAGUCCACUAUUGAGAAAAGAACCCAAAGAAGAAAGUCGGCUUCAUGCACAAAGAAUUCAACACCACCCACCGAACAAUGCGGGGCAAGGGCAUCUAAUGUUGUUGAACGUGAUGAACAUGUUCAGUUUCAAGCCGAGUCUAUCCAACUAUUACAAGAUAGAGAAAUUGGUCAUUUUGGAUUUUUGUUGUUGUUGUCAGCUUUCUAUGACAUAUUGGCCGAAGCUGGGCUGACUGAAUUUGUGUCUUUAAGAAGACAUUACCACCCAGAAUUAGUGAGAGUGUUUUACAGCAACAUGUCAAUAUCGGAUACUGGGGUUAUUCGAAGCGAGGUAAAAGGCAUAAAAAUUAGGCUGAGCCCUAAUCUUUUUCAACAACUCACUAAACUCCCCCCUGAUGGUGUUCGUUAUGAAGGAAAACUUGUAGAUGAGUGA